GAGGCACUGCAUGCACUAUAAAGCCUAGCGUUACCCCCACCUCUUCCACAUCUCCAAACAUCUUUCAGCCCUCUCACUUUUAUAUCCCGCUGAACAACAUGUCAACGCCAAGAAAGGGAGCUAAGACUGCCUCUCCUCCCACUGGAGGUGCUAAAAGCGGUCCCACCGCAAAGAACACCCCGCCAGUGCAGAGCAAAGGUGCAUCACCCGCGGUACCUGCCAGCGUUGAGGCACCUGCCGGUAAAGCCAAGGCUCCCAAGGCUCCCAAGAAGAAGUAAAUGUGGUGAACUUGAACAUACGCGCGGUGUCCUCGAGUAGCACAUAGAGAAUUUAGUUACGCGAAGAACCUGGAAAGGCCAGGGUAGUGUCCUACUCAGACACGCCCCCUGGGUCAUUUCUUGAAGCAUCAUGGAUAAGCUCGAUAUCAAUUGUAAACUGUAAUAAUACAGUUAUUUUCGGAUCAAUAUUCAAAACAUGGCGUAAAAUGGGAGAUGAAUGUCGGUUGGGCUACUGCUACUGUCAGGUAACAUCUAAUGCAGAUUGACUCAC